GCUAAAAGAAAUGAUUGAGAGAGAAGCCAGAUGUUGUAACUUACACUGCAAUCAUCGAUGCCCCUUGCAAGGAUAAGCUAGUUGCUGAGGCAGUAAACCUCCUAUCUCAAAUGAAGGAUAAAGGCAUUUCACCUAAUAUUAUAACCUACAACUGCAUAAUUCAUGGUCUUUGCAAUUUAGGAAAGUGGAAACAAGCUUCAGCCUUUUUGAAGGAAAUGGUGGGGCAUAACAUAUCUCCGGACAUUUUCUCCUUCAGUAUAUUGAUUGACUCUCUUUGUAAGGAGGGACUAGUUUCAAAUGCUCAAAGCAUAAUCAAGAUAAUGAUUCAAGCAGGUGUGGAGCCUGAUGCUGUCAGUUACAAUUCACUGAUGGACGGAUAUUGUCUGCGUAGCCAAUUGGAUGAAGCUAUACAAAUUUUUGAUUUGAUGGUACACAAUGGAAUAGUUGAUGCUUUUAGCUACAACAUCUUGAUUAAUGGAUACUGCAAGAGCAAGAGGAUAGAUGAAGCAAUGCAACUUUGUGAUGAAAUGACUCAAAAAGGUUUUCUUCCUGACACUAUUACUUAUACUACUCUUAUACAAGGCUUGUGGAAUGCAGGGAAGCUCGGGACUGCACACGUUCUUUUCAAGAACAUGUUUUCUCAUGGUAAUCAGCCAGAUAUAAUAACUUUCUCAACUUUUCUUGAUGGCUUGUGCAAACAGGGGAAUAUUGGUGAGGCACUCAUGCUAUUUAACGCGAUGGAACAAAGUAAGUUGAAGAUUGGUCAUAUGUGCUAUAACAUUUUGAUAAAUGGUUUGUGCAGAGCUGGGAAGCUUAAUGAUGCCAAGGAAUUUUUUUCUAGGCUUUUUGAAAAAGGCUUGCAGCCUGAUGUUUAUACAUAUGGUGCAAUAAUUAAAGGACUUUGCAAAGAGGGAUUGCUAGAUGAAGCAUACAAGGUGUUUAGAGGGAUGGAAGAUGGUGGAUGUUCACCAAAUGGUUGCUGUUAUAAUGUGAUUAUUCAAGGGUUUCUCAGGCAUGGAGAUGUACCAAAAGCAUCACAACUUAUUGAAGAAAUGGUUGGCAAGGGAUUUUCUGCAGAUGCCACGACCACUAAAUUGAGAUGAAAAUAGAGGGAGAAACUCAAAGAAAGAUGGCCAAGGGUUUGAGAAGGAAAAUCAGUUGCAGCAAUUCUUGGUUCACAGCUAAGCAGAGAGGGAGAUUCUGUUAUGAAUGGAGCUUGCACGUGGGCAGAAGCUGAGAAGGCAGAUGGCUGGUGAAUUCUGGUUGUUUUCUUUUCUAUUCUCAAGUCCUUUGUAUUGAACUGCUGCACUUCUUUGACUGAGAAAGUUGAAUGAAAAUCUGAAUU